GACGAGCCACGGUUGGAGCUGGCGCAACGUGACGGGCGGGGCGUGGAAGUUUGUUCCCGAGUUCGGAGCCCAGGAGUCCCCGCGGCCGUCGCGCAGGUGCCCUCCGCCGGGGUCGGGAUGGAGCUGCCCGCCGUGAACUUGAAGGUUAUUCUCCUGGUUCACUGGCUGCUGACAACCUGGGGCUGCAUAGUGUUCUCAGGCUCCUAUGCCUGGAGCAACUUCACUGUCCUGGCCCUGGGCGUGUGGGCUGUGGCCCAGCGGGACUCCAUUGAUGCCAUAGGCAUGUUUCUUGGCGGCUUGGUGGCCACCAUCUUCCUGGACAUUAUCUACAUCAGCAUCUUCUACUCAAGCUUUGCCAUUACGGACACCGGCCGAUUCAGUGCCGGCAUGGCCAUCUUCAGCCUGCUGCUCAAGCCCUUCUCCUGCUGCCUCAUCUACCACAUGCACCGUGAGCGAGGGGGUGAACUCCCACGCCCCCCUGAUUUCUUUGGACCAUCUCAGGAGCAUAGUGCCUACCAGACAAUUGACACACCAGACUCACCUGCAACCCCCUUUGCAAGCCCGGAGGACAAGAGCCAAGCUGCCCCCCGGGGGUACUGAAGCUGCCUCUGGGUCUUCCCGGUGCCCAGCAGGAUGCUUGUUACCUCCUUUCUGGACCUACAGUGGAGUGUCCUCCAUUCCCUACCAUAGAGGUGGCCUGAGUCAAGUGCCUCGGAGGUCAAGAUCCUCUGGCUUCCCAGCUGAGAAGAGCCAAGCCCUAACUCUCCAGGGAGUACCUCCCUUCAAGGCACCUGGUAACCCCUGGCUAGAACUGUGAUUGCUUUCUUUACUUCCUACUUCGUAACUAUGCCAUGGCCCUGCUGAUCAGUCAGAGUGCUGCGGGGCCAGGCCUUAGGGGGGGGGGGCAGUGACGGUGGCCUCUCAGGCCCUAAGAUGAUCCAGCCCUUCCCAGAAGCUCUGGGAGCUUCUGGUCCUGCUCAGCCUGCCCUGCAUAGGAGCAAAAUCCCUGUGCUAGUCACUGCCUCAUGGCUUGGUGCCCGGGGACCCCAGGCCUGGAGGCAGUAGGUCUGCGGAGCCCCCUCUCAGAGCCCUGAGUUGUGUGGCUGGGCUGGGUUUGAGCCAUGUUUCGUCUCCCAGCUAGGACCUGCCUUGCAGCCGGUGAACCAUGCUUUAAUCUCGAAGGUGGCCAGGUGAGAUGGCUCCUGGGGAAGGGCCUUGCCACCAAAAUCUGAGUUUGAUCUCCGGGACCCAACUCCUGAAAGGUGUCCUCUGACCUCCACAUUUGUACAUUGUCACAUGCCCCUCCCUCCACAAAUAAAUGUAAUUAAACCCCAAAGGUACCCUGAGGCCUCUGUGUAAGA